UGGUACCGAAAGGAUCGAAGGCUUUCCCUUGGUGAUUGAGGAUAAAUUGUGUAGUACUGCUGGACUGGAUUGCGUGGGAAAUGUUCAGUGUUGGCGGCCUUCGUGAGUUUGCUGGGUGUACUUACCUGUGAAAAGUUGCUAUUUGAUACUGGAGAUGAAGCACUAGAGAGAAGAUAAUAAUUGUUGUCAUUAGAGAGGGUGAGGCGGUUGUUGGUCACUGAACCUAACUGGUGUUUCUAAGUGAGCAUAAUUGUGUUUGAUAUAUCCCGGGAAAGUGGAUGUGUUUUUUUUUUCCUGAUGGACGAUUGUGUUUACUUAGGAAAAUCGAUACAAGUUUCCAAUGAGUCAUCUGAAUGAUUGAUCAAAUUUCUCCCGUACUCUGUAUUGUACCGUGCUGCUGGUCAUCAUCAUUGAAGCUGAUCCUGACUGACUGCCAUGAAUACCAACCAACGACGAGCGACGAAGCCGGUGAACAGUGCUAAAUUUAAUCCUGACGAAUGAGUAACAAAAGCGGCCUCAAUCCCUCGGACCAUCCAGCCAGCCAUCGGGAAUCCACGCGGAUCAUCAUCAUCAGCAGCAGCAGGUUGUGCGCCGGCCAUAACAGAAACGAAUAAAUUUUAAACAAAAGAGACUGGACUGGACCUACAUACCAUACCAACCCAUACUACAGUUGGCCGGUUUUUCGUUUGCUUGCAUGAUAGUGAGUAAUAAAUUAAUGAAGAUAAAAGAGUAACGGGAUUCGGGUGCGGGGUGAGAGGGUACAGAAAACAAAAACGAGGGAGGUCAUAUCCGGAAGGCAUCCCCCCUGGUCGUGUGGAUAAACUUUGGAAGUGGGUACCUACGGCAAAAGUGAAUUGAAAUAAUAGAAAAACCAAAGCGACAGGAAAAUCGAAGUGAACAUCGUACGACCCCAGUGAAUCAGAGAACGAAAAGCACUGCCGGGACUGGUCCGGUCAGUUCCCGCCCUUGCAGUGCAAAACGUUUGUUAGUGAUAAAAAAAAAACGCGCCAGAGGGGAUUUUGUAAGGGAUUGUGGAAUACAAUAAAAAACGAAGCAGAAGUGAGAUGCAGGAAGUUGAAUAUUUCAACGAUACCUUGAGUGGAAGUUGUGGUCGAGUUGACGGCGGUGGUGAUGAACCAGGGGAAGAGCAGCAACAAGCCGGCAAGAAGCAUCAUCCGCGAAAAUGUAGCUACGAUUUACUGGAACACCGCAAGUAUAACAAAUGCGAUGAAAAUGUAAAUUAUACCGCAGAUCCACUGCUGCUGUUCACUUCGCCGUCGUCUUCCUCUUCGGACGAGGAUAACUCUCCCACGGAAAUGAACAACUGCAUUAAGUUUGUGGAGAAACCGACCCUGAUUAAACGCUUCGCCAUGGGCUUCCUGCGGUCGACCGAGGAAAGCCUACCGCUGAUGUACCAUAAAUCAUCGCCAACGUCGCCGCAGAAAAAGCUCAACGACAUCCUGGGCGAGGAUAUUUACAGUCUGGAUCAAAUCGUAUCGAGCAAAUUUGGUGACUCGUGCAAACAGUCGUUCACCAGCAGCCACCAUCCGGCUCCACCGUUGCACCCGAACGUGGAGUACGAAUUUCGGCGUAAUCUCCUAAUACGCAAGACUAACAGUGCCAACUCGAGUCCGAAACGGUUCGUACCGAACAUCAAGCGUACGGACAGCCUGAACAGCAUCGAGGACAACGACUUGGACAGUGCGUCCUGGUUUCAGGCCGGGCUUCCACGGGAAAUUUCACUGGAGGUGCUUACCCAACGGGCUCCCGGCGCAUUUCUGGUACGGCGGAGCACCACGAAACAGGGCUGCUUUGCACUAUCGUUGCGCGUUCCUCCACCGGGACCGAAGGUGGUUCACUAUUUGAUACUGAAAACGGAACGAGGGUAUAAAAUAAAAGGCUUCACAAAGGAAUUCUCCUCGCUACGAGCGCUGAUAACGCACCACUCGGUGAUGCCGGAAAUGCUUCCGGUUCCGUUGUCGCUGCCCCGACCCCAAAACAUCCCAAUCAAGUGCAAACGCGUCGACGACUACGACAGCUACAGCACCCUGCACGAGUUCUCCAAGCUGUUCUCCGAUCUGGACCUAUGAUAGCUUGUCACCAGCUGCUGCUAGCGAGAAGUAGAGCUUGCUGCUCGUCACGAUAGUUUGUUUCCCCGUCGGAUGAUGAUGGGAAGCAGAACCGACAGAGUGAAUGUUUUACCAGACGACAGGUAAACUUUUUGAUGAGUUUGUAAAUAGCCCUUCUAUCGAGCAUGCGAGACUCAUCGAGAGUCGACGUUGCGACAGGGUGUUGAAUUAAUUUUACUUGGAGUAGCUGUCGCUGGGUGGCAUUUUUGACUGGAAGACAUAAAGAAACAUAGAAGCCGAAGUCAAAAUGUGUCGCACAUGUUUACAAUCAAAAAUCAAUACCUUAUACCGGCAGAAAAAAGCAUUAAACUGUAAUCGUUUGAUAUUGUGAUAUAGUGUUAUAUACAGGUAUAUGUGAAAAGUCAUUUCAUAAUCGGGAAAAUAGUUGCGAAGGAUCUGAGCGAUUACGAUACAACGUAUUUACGUAACGGGACGGUGCCACAGUCAGUGGUCGUACAGUGAGAUGCGAAAUUAGGAAUCGGAAAUAAAUGACUUUUGAAGUUAAA